GGAUAAGCAGCAGGCGAGCAAAAGCAAAACCAUCGGAGAAGAAAACGAAGAUCGCCACCGUCGCUCUCGCUCGGAGAGACAGACUGCAGAAGACGACGACGACGACGGCGGCGGAGGACGGUGGAAGGAGGAGGAAGGAGGAGGACUGGUUUUUCCGCAGCGGGUGAUGACGAUGGACAGGGAGAAGGAGAGAGAGAUAGAGCUGGAGAGCGCAAUGUACACCAAUUGCUUGCUCCUGGGUCUCGAUCCGGCCGUCAUCGGCGUCGGGGCCUCCAACGGCACCCCUCGCGUCGGCCUCUUCCGCCACUCCAACCCUAAGCUCGGCGAGCAGCUCCUCUACUUCAUCCUCUCCUCCCUCCGCGGCCCCGCUCAAUCCGCCAAAGAUUUCGACAGGGUCUGGCCGAUUUUCGAUUCGGCCCAAUCGCGGGACUUCCGGAAGGUGGUUCAAGGGAUCAUCAGCGAGCUCGAAUCGCAAGGGGCGCUUCCCAGGAGCAAUUCCAGGGUUUCUUCGCUGGCUACGUGUUGCGGGCCAAGAUUUGUUGAACUCUUAUGGCAACUUUCUUUGCAUGCUUUAAGAGAGGUUCAUAGGCGGACAUUUCCAGCCGAUCUAACUACUAAUCCUUUACCAGCUUCAUUGACAGAUGUAGCUUUCUCCCAUGCUGCCACCCUACUUCCGGUAACAAAGGCUAGAAUUGCAUUGGAAAGAAGGAAGUUCCUGAAAAAUGCAGAAACAGCUGUACAGAGGCAGGCAAUGUGGUCCAAUUUGGCUCAUGAAAUGACUGCAGAGUUCCGAGGCUUGUGUGCUGAGGAGGCUUACUUGCAGCAAGAAUUGGAAAAACUGCAUGAUUGGAGAAACAAAGUCAAGUUGGAAGGGGAGCUGUGGGAUGAUCUCGUAUCUAGUUCCAGUCAGAAUUCUCAUUUAGUUUCAAAGGCCACACGCCUAUGGGAGUCCAUAUUAGCAAGAAAGAGUCAACAUGAAGUGCUCGCUUCAGGUCCCAUCGAGGACUUGAUAGCUCAUCGGGAGCAUAGGUACCGAAUUUCUGGAUCAUCCUUGCUUGCGGCAAUGGAUCAAAGUUCUCAGGUACCUCAUGCAGAGAUCCUUUCCGUGCAGCCUAGUGAUGUUGCUUCAGUACAUUCUGAUGACAAAGAACAAAAUAAUGGGUCAUAUGAUAAUAUGGAUAAAGAAAAGUGGAACAACAGCCUAGACGCAUCCAAUCCUGCAAAUGAUGAAACGCAUUUUCGGGUUGAUGAUAGAAGUGGACGAAUCCACCCAACUGUUGAUGUAGCCGAAGUUAUAAGACGUUGGACGCAUGCUUUACAGCGGAUUCAUAAGCAGUCACUGCUUCUGGCAAAGGCUAAUGAUGGGGAGGGUCCAGAAAUAUUACGAAGUGCAGAUGAUGGCAGUACAACUGGUCAUGUGGAAUCAUUAGCAGCAACUCUCGCUGAACAUCAACAACACUUAGCUAGCUUUCAGGUGCUUAUUAACCAAUUAAAAGAAGUUGCUCCUGCUAUACAAAAAUCUAUCUCAGAAUGCACGGAUAAUGUAAAUAGUAUAUCUUCCAGUCUUCCUCCAAUGAUGAAACAACGUGCUCCAUUGAACUCACCGAGCCAAACACAGAGCAGCGGAAGAGGAAUAGAAAGUAGUGCUGAUGAUAUCAAUGAGAUGACUUCAAAAAUGUCCAGUGUUCAGCUAGACAAAGUUUCAGCUGCUCCUGCUUUGAAACUCCCACAGUUAUUUACUUUGACACCAAAUUCUUCUGGAAAAGCUGGAAACUUACAAAAGAGACAAACUUUGGCCGCUCAGAAUAAUCAAGUGGAAAAUGCAUCUGAAAAGAAGUUGCCAAACCAGAUUUUUCCAAAAAAUCAUUCCGACCAUCAAGCACGAGAUAGUGAUGAUUCCUACAUUCAGAAUUUGAAGAGAUCUGUUCGAGAAGCAGCCCUGUCAUCUCAAUCCUGUAAUUCAGAAGGGUCACGGGAUAGCCAUUCUGAUGAAGGAUCUGAGCAUUUCUUUUUGCCAUUUCCCGUGACUAGUUUAUCUCAUGUUGUCCCAGAAAAGAAGGAUGCUUUGAGGAGCAAUAGAUUGAUUAGAUCUCAUGUAGACACUUCCUCAAAUGGCAUUUCUAUGACUGAUGAUAACAUUGGUAGUAAGUUUGAUGGAUUACCUGAUGUUAUGAGUGAUCUGGAAUCCCUAAAUGACUUUGAUCAAGUAAACAGUUUUCUCUCGGCUUCUGUUUCUAAGCACACACCUUCGGCUACACAAAGGUUGUUCUAUGACAUUGACGGGACUCAGGAUCAGGUCUUUUCACCGCCUUUGCUGAUGGAAACUUCUCUGUUAGCCGAUUCUUAUGAGGACUUGCUUGCUCCGUUAUCUGAAACUGAAGCUGCUCUGAUGGAACAUUGAAGUGGCAGCCUUACAUUGGCCACCUUGUGACACACCUCAAGAAAUGGGUUGGUAACUGUGAUUAAUCACCUUUAAAUCCCAAUUGGAGUUCUCCCAUAUCGUGUUAUUCUUCCACUGCCACGGUAUUGUGCAAUGUCCGCAUCCUUGUUGUUGUGUGCUCGGCCUAUCUCACAAAGUCGACGUCUCUGCUUGGACGGCAAUAACCAUCAGGCAGAGUUUAACCCCUGCUCAGGGGAUGCAUGUGACUUGGGGAAUAUUAUUUCGAAGAACCUUCGUUCUUGCAUUUGGAUGGCUGGUUAGCAAUAGAUAUGCUGUUUUGGCCUUCGGCGAGGUACUGAAAAUCCUACUGACAAAGCAUUCAAGACUUUGCUGUGAAAUCUUUGGCCUUUUGUGUGUGCUUCGGGGAAAAAAAAUUGUUCUCUACCUCCAGAUGUGUAUUCUCAUUAUUGACCAUGUCAUGAUAGGAUAGGAACAAGGAGUUCUUGGAACUUCAUGCGAUUUGUAUUCAUUGUCUGUCCACACACAGUUGUCUUUCUUUUGUGUUAACUUAAUGCAUGGAAGCGAGUCUCCGGCGGCUACAUUCACCGGCA